CCCGCCUCUCUUCUGUGCCACAAUAAUUGACCCUCACGAAUUUUCAUUUCCAUCGGCUCUUUCCUCUCUAGAAUCGUCGUCUCUGUCUCUCUCGUUUUCGCCUCCCAUCUCUCCCUUUCUCCUUCGGUCUGUGUAUGGCAGUGACUUUGUUAGCGAAUGAGGUUUUGGAUUUGUGCCUUGGCAAGCCUGCGCUUAGGUCGCUUUCUGUCACCGACACCGUCGCCGACGCGCUCUGUGUUUUGAAGAGGCUAGGCGAUAGCUACGUCAGCGUCUGGAGCUGUCACCACUCGUCGGAAUCCGGUGAUCCAACGAAUCGAAGCGUAGGAGGAGCGGCAGUGGAUUGCCGAUGUGUCGGUAAGGUUUGCAUGGUGGAUAUCAUCUGCUUCAUCUGCCAACCAGAGAAUCUCUUGGCACCAGCCCAGGCGCUUCAGUCGCCCAUUUCUGUUCUGAUCCCGAAGUCUUCGGGGCUUGUGAGGCAUUUGGAACCCAGUGCCAGGCUACUGGAUGCCAUAGAUCUUAUGCUUGAAGGGACACAGAACCUGGUCAUACCAAUUCCAGAGUCUAAAUUCCGAAAGAAUAAGCUUCUCGAAGAGAAAUCUUCGUUGGAUUCCACCUUCCACAACAAUUGUCGCAGGUACUGCUGGCUCACCCAAGAGGACGUGAUUCGCUUCCUCCUCAACUCAAUUGCGCUGUUCUCUUCCACACACAGCGAACCCAUCAACUCCCUUGGCGUCAUAGACGCCGAAAACCUCCUCACUGUAAACUACGACGACCCUGCUUCCUCUGCUUUAAGCCUCAUCAAAGAGUCCCUCAUUCAUCAGAGCUCAGUGGCCAUUGUGAAUCCAGAUGGCCAGUUAAUUGGUGAGAUCUCACCCUUUCACCUGAAUUCCUGUGAGGAGACCGUGGCCGCUGCGAUAGCCACGCUCUCCGCCGGUGAUCUGAUGGCCUAUAUUGACUGCGGCGGCCCACCGGAGGACCUGGUGCAGCUGGUGAAAGAGAGGCUGGAAGAGGAGAAUCUUACGGGUGUUUUGGAGUUGAUGGAGGAAGAAUCAGGGCUGUCUCUGACUUCUUGGUCAUCGUUCACAUCAACUUCUUCCGAUGAAGAUGGCUUGAGCUCAGGGAAGAAUGGGAAGCACGGAGGGUACUCUGCUAGGGUGGUGAGGAGGUCGGAAGCCACUGUUUGCUACCCAUGGAGCUCGUUGGUGGCGGUGAUGAUCCAGGCUCUUUCUCACCGUGUCAGCUACGUGUGGGUUGUUGAAGAAGACGGAAGCUUAAGUGGAAUCGUCACGUUUUCAGGCAUGUUGAAAGUUUUCAGAGAACACUUUAAAGUCAUGGCGUAACACGUGAGAAAGUCAAAAAGAGGGAAGAUGAACAUGAGCACCACAAACUUGUAAUUGGACGCUCAACACGGCUGCACAAUCCAAGUUCUCUUUUGCCAAUUCACAUAAUUAUAUCAUUUUCGUUCAAAAAACUAUUAUGAAUUUCCACCCCUUGCCUUC